UUAACUAUUUUUUUUUUUACUUUUUACGUUUCCCAUACAUUACCUACCCAUAUCCCUCUCAUAUCAAUCUCAAAACUUUUUCUUUUACCAAUUUCUCUCUCAUGCUUCAUCUUCUUUCUUAGACUGAGGGGAGUGGGGCGACUCCCACCCCCAGAUCGUCUGGAACACCGCCCCCGGAGGCGACUUGGGUGGCGACCCCCUCUUGCCCGACUCAACCACGUCGCCCAACUCUCACACUUUCCCACAAUGUAUCCGUUGCCAACGGAUAGUUUGGCCAAGCUUUUUUUUUUUUUUUUUUUUUAAAUCCAACCUUUAUAAAUAAUACCCCAUAUCAAACACAUUUUUACCACAAUCUUCUCUCAAAUCAUCAAAAUUUAUACCAAUCUUCUAUCAACUCAUCAAAAUGUAUCCCCACAACAUCCCUCCUUUCAACCAAAAUACACAAUCUUCCAAUCCACAACCCGAUAUGACGGACCCAAACGUUUUAAAUAACCCCGCUUUUUACGCCUAUUUCAAUAAUAUGCACGUUGCUAGCCCUACACCGCAAGUAUACUACAACAAUACGCCCAUACCGCAACAUAUGGGGUUCACCACUUGGAACACACAACAACCCGGUGGUUUUCAAAACGUUGGAGGAUCGAGACAACAAAAUGUGGUUGAUUUAGAUGACGAAGAAGUUCCGGAGACCCAGUUCGAUGUCGGUCAAAAUGAUGUUGAACCUCAAAAAAAGAAACGUUCAUACAAGAGGAAAACACCGGGUGAAGAACGCUUGAAAACCAAACCGAUACCAUGGACUUCCAACGAGGAAAUGAGCUUAUCCAAGGCUUGGCUAGAAAUAACCGAAGACCCGAGAUGUAGUAACUAUCAAAAGGAAAAAACAUAUUGGUCUCGUAUUUACAACGUUUUCCUCAAGUUGGAAGAUCAAGAAGAUGGAUACCGUGAUGCCGAUGGUAUCGGUGCGAAGUGGCGUAAAAUGCGUCCUUUGAUUCAAAGUUUCAACCAAAUAUACACUCGCCUAAGUAACUCGCGUGUGCGCCAAAGUGGUUCCGACGAUGCGAUGCUCCAAGCAAACGCCCAAAAUGAAUUCCGAGUCGAACACAAGAAGGCGUUUCCUUAUCUUGCUAUUUGGCAAUUUUUAAGAAGGAGUUCGAAAUUUCACACAGUCAUCGCCUUCGAUCCAUUUAAAACUCGUGGCCAACCGUCGGCUAAGCGGUCAAAACCUCAUCCUCAAACGACCAUCAAAGUACCGGGUCGGACGCUCGGUGUCAAAUAAAUCUCAACGACAUUGAGGAAGACAACGAAGAGCCACAUGAAGAGGCCGAAGCGUUUCAACCACCACGACGGCCGGUUGGCCGAGAUAGGGCCAAAAAAGCCGCCCAACCGUCUUCUAGCGGUGUACGAAUCGACUACACCGAAACGUUCGAAAAAGUGACCAAUAAGUUAGACGGCUUGUUGCAAACGAGCCAACAACGGAUCAACUUAAAAAAAGAACACGGGGACCGAAAGCUAAAGCUGAAAGAAAGUCGUCAAAAAACACUUGAUUUGCAAAUAUUAACAACCGACACGACAAACCUUACUGGAGCCGAGCUCGCUUUAGCCGAGCAAAUGAAGCAAGAAAUUCGAGAAAAAUAUAACCUUUGUUGAAGUAAUUUUUUUAUUUUGGUUGAAGUAAAUUUUUUUUAGUUGAUGUAUUUUUUUAUUUUGGUUGAAGUAAUUUUUUUUAGUUGAUGUAUUUUUUUAUUUUGGUUGAAGUAAUUUUUUUUUUAGUUGAUGUAUUUUUUUAUUUUGGUUGAAGUAAAAAAAGACUUUUAUAAAAAA